AUGGUGAGCCGUAGCCAUCAGUCACCAUUGCGAACGUCGAUCGGCAACGAUAGCGAAUGCGAUACAACAUAUCCCGAAUAUUCUCUCCCUCAUGCCCCCAGCGAACUGGGAGCCUCACCCAGGUCGCGCCCACCACCAAACACGCUCCCCUCAUCCCCAGCCCUACUUCCAUUCGUGGUGCUUCCGAGCAUGCAGCAAGCGGCCCUACAUGGAAGACAACCCCGCACCCGACGCUGCCGACCUCUUCCAUCUCAGAACAUGGAUGGAAGGCGGGUGGUGAUGCAUCCUAAGCUCACGCGAAGGAACGAUGGGACACCACCACCACCUCGAUUUGAUUUAUCCUACUCCUUUGACGGCUUGAAACAUAUUGUCGAUGGAGAUCGAUGUCCCGCGCCUGAAAUGGCAUAUUUGGUGGAAGAAGCUACACAUCCACCACUUCCAUCAUUAGCUUUGAUACACCCGCUACUACCGUGGUGUAUUACGGCGCAUGCGUCGGGGAUCAAUCCACGAGGGGUCGCGGUAGUGGAUGUUCUAUGUGCGAUAUAUGAGGUAGUGCAAAAGGAGUUGUAUCUGGAGGGAAAGAUAUAUCCACGACUGGUGUUUCUGAAAGGUCGAAGAAUCUUGGUCGGUCUGAAAAAGAGCGAUGUUGGAGGGGACGUUUGGGAAAUGAUUGUGGAAUAG